GACCCCGCGACCCCCUUGGCCGCGUGCGCGGGGCGCUACCCGGCGGGGACACUGAGGCGGGGGCUGCGGAGGGACCGAGGGCGCCCGGGCGGUUCCUGGAAUCACUGGGUGGCUGGCUGGCCGGCCGGGGCGGGGCCUGGCGGGCGCCCAGCAGUUCCGAGGACACUGCGCGCGCGGACCCAGGGUGCCCGCAGGACACUCCGAGUCCCCAGGGCUGGCGUCAGCGGGCUGUCGCGGGAACGAGCACGUGGGACGCGGGGCGGAGGAGCCUCGCCAGGGCCGGUGACGCUCCAGAAAAACAGCUCCAGAUCAAGAAACAGACCUUCACCCCUGAUGUUUCCUCUGCCUACAGGCAUAAUUCUAAGCACGGACAGCCUCGCAGGGAACCAGGACUAAGUGCCGAGCGCGCAGCGCACGCCCAGCCAAGACCUGCAGUGGACCGACCCGCGCGCGGAGACAAGACUCGCAAGCUACAGGCCCUGGCGCCUCCCUCAGCUCCGCCGAGUGCACGAGUGCACCAGGUCAUACAGCCCGCCAGCCCGCCAGCCAGGUCCGGAGGCGGAGGCCUACGCUCCUGCGGCUCGGGGGCAGGGCUGCGGGGCGGGGCCGCAGCCAGAGACGCCAGUGGAGCCACCUGAGCCCGAGCCACAGGACGCCGUUGCUGGCCGCGCUGAGCCGAGCCUGACGCCCAGUAAUGGCCCGGCCGAGCCCACCCCGCGCCCCACCGCUGCUCCUGCUCGCUGUGCUGCUCCUGUCGCCGGCCUCGGCGCGGGUGCGCGGCCCCCGGAUCAGCCUGCCUCUGGGCUCUAAAGAGCGGCCGAUUCUCAAGUUCAGAGCGGAAAAUGUCUCCAACUACACAGCCCUUCUGCUGAGCAGGGAUGGCAGCACCUUGUACGUGGGCGCCCGGGAGACCCUCUUUGCACUCAACAGCAGUGCCAGCUUCCUGCCGGGUGGGCAGUACCAGCAGCUGCCAUGGCCCGCGGAUGCAGACAGGAAGCAGCAGUGCAGCUUCAAGGGCAAGGACCCGAAGCGUGACUGUCAGAACUACAUCAAGAUCUUGCUGCCACUCAACAGCAGCCACCUGUUCACCUGUGGCACAGCAGCCUUCAGCCCCCUGUGUACCUAUAUUCAGAGUGUGGAGAACUUCACCCUGGCACAGGACCAGACAGGGAAUGUCCUCCUGGAAGAUGGCAAGGGCCGUUGUCCCUUUGACCCCAAUUUCAAGUCCACAGCCCUGGUGGUUGAUGGGGAGCUCUACACAGGAACAGUCAGCAGCUUCCAGGGGAACGACCCAGCCAUUUCCCGCAGCCAUAGUCUGCGCCCCACCAAGACGGAGAGCUCCCUCAACUGGCUGCAAGAUCCUGCCUUUGUGGCCUCGGCCUACAUUCCCGAGAGGCUGGGCAGUUCCCAUGGUGAUGAUGACAAGAUCUACUUCUUCUUCAGCGAGACUGGCCAGGAGUUCGAGUUCUUUGAGAACACCAUCGUGUCUCGAGUUGCCCGAAUCUGCAAGGGUGAUGAGGGUGGUGAGCGGGUGCUGCAGCAGCGCUGGACGUCCUUCCUCAAGGCCCAGCUGCUGUGCUCUCGGCCUGACGACGGCUUCCCAUUCAACGUGCUGCAGGAUGUCUUCACGAUGAGUCCCAGUCCCCAGGACUGGCGUCAAACCCUGUUCUAUGGGGUCUUCACUUCCCAGUGGAAUGGGGGGACUACUGAGGGCUCUGCCGUGUGUGUCUUCUCCAUCAACGAUGUGCAGAGGGCCUUCAGUGGCCUGUACAAGGAGGUGAACCGCGAGACACAGCAGUGGUACACAGUGACCCACCCAGUGCCCACACCCCGGCCUGGAUCGUGCAUCACCAACAGUGCCCGGGAGCGGAAGAUCCACUCCUCCCUGCAGCUCCCAGACCGCGUGCUGAACUUCCUCAAGGAUCACUUCCUGAUGGACGGGCAGGUGCGCAGCCAGAUGCUGCUGUUGCAGCCUCGAGCCCGCUACCAACGCGUGGCUGUGCACCGAGUCCCUGUCCUGGACCGCACCUACGACGUCCUCUUCCUGGGCACUGGUGAUGGCCGACUGCACAAGGCAGUGGACAUUGGGCCCAGGAUGCACAUCAUCGAGGAGCUGCAGGUCUUCCCACCGGAACAGCCUGUGCAGAACCUACUUCUGGACAGCCAUAGGGGGCUGCUGUAUGUGGCAUCCCACUCUGGCAUAGUCCAGGUGCCCGUGGCCAACUGCAGCCUGUACCGGAGCUGUGGGGACUGCGUCCUUGCCCGCGACCCCUACUGUGCUUGGAGUGGCUCCAGCUGCAGCCACAUCAGCGUCUACCAGCCUGAGCUGGCCUCCAGGCCAUGGAUCCAGGAUGUCGAAGGGGGCAAUGCCAAGGAGCUCUGCAACAUGUCCAGGUCCAGGCCCCGGGCUUCUGUAACAGCAGACCGGAAGUCCUGUGAGCACAUCCAGUUCCAGCCCAACACAGUAAACACCUUGGCCUGCCCACUUCUGUCCAACCUGGCCACCCGGCUCUGGCUCCAUGACAAGGCCCCUGUCAAUGCCUCAUCAUCCUACCGGGUACUGCCCACUGGGGACUUGCUGCUGGUGGGCACCCAGGAAAGGCUGGGGGUCUUUGAGUGCUGGUCACAAGAGGAGGGCUUCCAGCAGCUGGUGACCAGCUACUGCCCAGAAGUGGUGGACGACGGGAUGGCACACCGAACAGACCGGGGUGGCAGUGUCCCUGUCAUCAUCAACACGUCAAGGGUGAGUGCGCCAGCUGCCGGCAGGUCCAGCUGGGGUGUGGACAAGUCCUACUGGAAUGAGUUCCUGGUGAUGUGCACCCUCUUUGGGCUUGCUGUGGUGCUUCUGUUUCUGUUCUUCCUCUACCGGCACCGAGACGGCAUGAAAGUCUUCCUGAAGCAGGGUGAGUGUGCCACUGUGCAUCCCAAGACUCGCCCUGUGGUGCUGCCACCCGAGACCCGACCGCUCAACGGCGUUGGCCCCCCUAGCACCCCACUGGAUCACCGAGGCUACCAGGCUCUGUCAGAUAGCUCCCCGGGGCCCCAGGUCUUCACCGAGUCCGAGAAGAGGCCACUCAGCAUCCAGGACAGUUUUGUCGAGGUGUCCCCUGUGUGCCCUCGGCCCCGGGUCCGCCUGGGCUCUGAAAUCCGUGACUCUGUGGUGUGAUGAGGCUACCCUGGCUUCAGGGCUGUGACUGCUUAGAGGGUGUGUCCUGGACCCCGAGCCUCAUGAGCACAGCCAGGGUCCUGCCCUCGGGAGCCUGGGGCCUGCCCAGCCUGCUGCUUUCCAGCCCUGCAUAAGGCCCCUAGUGCCCAGCCAGGUGCCCCAAUGGUUCUCAACCGAGAGGGGUCUGUCCUCCAGGGCCAGGGGCCUGCCUGGGUGGAUAGGACAGUGCUCCUACAAACACUGAGCCCUUUGUUUAAAAAACAGCUGAAAAUGUGAAACCGGGGGCACGGGAGACGUCAGAGAUGCCACACCCACAGCCACCCAGUUCCCUUCUGCCUGAACAGCUGGGGACACACCCCAAGUGGUGUGGUGUGGUGUGGGACAGAAUUGAAAAUCCCGCGCCAACUGGACUCUUCCACCUUCGCCUUAGCCCCGCCCCACUGUGCUUUCUCACCAGAGCUGGUGGCCAGUUCACACCAGCCAGCCAGAUGUAGCUUGGCGCCAUGACCUGCACCUCAGGGACCAGAGGGCUGGCUGGCUCUGCAGCCAUCCCCAAACCCUGGGCUCAGACCCUGCUCCUGGACCUUUCCGGCCUGUAUCAGGCUGUGGCCACAAAGGAAUAGCAUGAGCCCAGGAGUGUAUGACCACAUAGGCCUUUCCCCUCAGGAAGAGACUUGACUGCCUGCCUCCCAGCCUGAAAACCGUCUGUCCCUUGCACCAUGUCAGCCCCUCUUCAAACUUGAGCACAGGGAACUCACUGGAGCCUGGCUUCUCCCUGGCCCAGUUUCCCCUCGCUUGUCUCCACUCUAAGGGAUAUUCACACUGCCCAGAACAGGGCCCUGAAUUCUGUGGGUUUUAUAUAUAUUUUUAAUAAAAUGCACUUUACCUUCUUUUUUUUAAAUAAAAUCUGAAGAAUUAUUAUUUAAUCAUCA